CUCCCCCUGGAUUCUCUCUACGUCGCUAUCUUGAUUGCUUUAGCUCAACGGUCAAGAGCGACAGCAUCAUCACAUACACCUGCGAGGCCACUGAAGGUCUCUCUUUUCGUUUCAGAACACACCAAAGACACCUCAACAAAUGUGCAAAGCCAUGCAAGUAGCCCGCCCGCCUGGAUCACCAGCUUAAAGCAAUACACUGCGACUAUCGCCGACGCAUAUCUGCAGAAGUUCGAUGAUCCGUAUCACUUCCACGCCAGUACUCUUCACAUUUACCAAACAUUAUACCACAUUAAUAUACUAGCAACUAUAUUCUAA